CAAUUUUAUUGUACACAAAUACAAAAUAGGCAAUAUAAAAUGGAAACAGAAGAAAAUGUAUUAUCUCUAGCAGAAAAUAAAAUUUUACUUGGUUUAGAUUUAAUUAAUAAACUAGAUCAGUUCAAAAAGUUGCCUGGAGUUCAAAAAAUACAACGCAAAAUAGGUCAAGAAAUAAAGUUCUUAAAUAAGGUUAAAAAAUCUAAUACUUUGGUUAUUAAUCAUGUUAUGUGCAGUAAUUUAACGCAUUAUGAAUUUCUUGUCCAAAUCCUACUAAAGCAAAAGAAUGUUAUUCAUGUGGACUGCCCAUUUUUGGUUGACAAUAGACCAAAUCCCAUACACGUAGAUAUUGUAUGUGAAAAUGGUGCGAAAUGGAUAAAAGUUAUAGCUAGAAAUUCUAAAUCAAUAUCUGACGCUGUUAAGGGGGGUGUUAGCUUUGGAGUCAAAAGUAUUGUAGAUCAAGCAGAAGAAUAUUCCAGGACUGCAGAACAAAAUUUGUACAUGUUUAAGAAACCAAAAGUACUUUUCUGUUUUAGUCAUAAUAUAGAAAAGGAACUUUUAGAAAAAAUACAUAUUCAUGGAAUAACAACUUCAACCGCUAACGAUGAAGAAUCUGUAAAUACUUUAGAAGCUAAUAUAGUUAACGAUAACUUCGAUAAAAUGCUAAACUUAGAUAUAACUACAAUGUUGGCAUAUGUGAGUUCAUUAACAAAUGGGCAAUGUAAUUGGAUUUUCCGGGAACCUCUUUUAACUGAUCAAGCUAUUAAAGAACGUAAAACACCUUUGAAGCCUAUAUUGGACAAUUUAUUUGAGGGAAAAAAAUUAGUCUGUUGUCAAAGUGCAAUGGAUUCCUUUAAAAGCAUUGUUAACAUAUUAGCAGGACCUGCGGAAAAAGAACGUGCCAAAGCCUUAAUAAAUCGCGUUGAAGUUAACCCAGAUUUAGUCCAAAUACCGGAAGAAUUGAGAAGUCUUCAAAUUUGCGGGAAAAUAAAACCGAGAAGCUUGCAAAUAUUUGCUUUCGGAUUUUUCAAUAAAAUAAUCACAGUGACUUCGAAUGAAGGUUUCAUUAGAUCUGUUAAAAUGAAAGGUAUCAUAAUACCUGUAUUCAUACAUCAAGCCAGAGCUUUGACUGAAUCUAAGCAAAAUGAUGCUACAUUGAUAGAUAUUACCAACUAAAAUGAUUUAUGGUACCAUCAGAGUGGCAGAAUUCUAUUUUUCAACUGAAUUUCUUAUUUUGAAAUUAACAUAUUGUAUAUAAUAACACAGUACGUACCCCAACAUUUCCAUUUUAUUAUGUACACCAUGUGUGA